AUGGGGACAGCAGCCUCCCCGUCUUUCUCCUUCGGCCACCAGCCGGAUAAAAACCUAGAGAACGCGGAGGAAGCAGCAGAGCAGUUCAAGUUAAUCCAGGCAGCGUAUGAUGUUCUCAGUGACCCCCAGGAAAGAGCCUGGUAUGAUAAUCACAGGGAGGCUCUGCUGAAAGGAGGAGUUGACGGAGACUAUCAAGAUGAUAGUUUAGAUCUGCUGCACUACUUCACUGUUAGCUGUUACUCUGGAUAUGGAGAUGAUGAAAAGGGAUUUUUUACAGUCUAUCGACAAGUUUUUGAAAAGAUUGCAAAAGAAGAGAUGGAAUAUAUGACCCAGGAAGAUACUGAAGAAUUCCCUAUGUUUGGAUAUUCCCAAAGUGACUAUGAUACGGUAGUCCACCCUUUCUAUGCAUAUUGGCAGAGUUUCUGUACUCAGAAAAACUUUGCUUGGAAAGAAGAAUAUGACACACGACAAGCCUCAAACCGCUGGGAAAAACGAGCUAUGGAAAAAGAGAACAAGAAAACGAGAGAGAAAGCAAGGAAAGAGAGGAAUGAACUGGUCCGUCAGCUAGUAGCCUUUAUUCGCAAAAGGGAUAAAAGGGUACAGGCUCACAGAAAACUUGUAGAAGAACAAAAUGCAGAAAAAACUAGGAAAGCAGAGGAAUUUCGGAGGCAGCAGAAGCUCAAACAAGCCAAGCUUGCUGAGCAGUAUAAAGAGCAGAGCUGGAUCACUAUGUCAGAUCUGGAGAGAGAGUUGCGAGAGAUGGAGGCACAAUAUGAGAAGGAAUUUGGAGAUGGAUCAGACGAUGAAGAUGAAUUAGAAGAAGAAGAGACAAAAGGCAUCGAAGACAAACUGAAUGAUGAGACUGAAGAAGCUGAGUUUGUUGAUGGUCUGUACUGCCCUGCUUGUGACAAAUUGUUAAAAACUGAGAAAGCCAUGAAGAAUCACGAAAAAUCAAAGAAGCAUCGAGAGAUGGUAGCACUGUUACGACAGCAACUGGAAGAAGAAGAAGGGAAGUUUCCUGUGUCUUUGGAUGAUGCAAAUGGAAUACAUACCAAAGAGGAGGAAGACACAGAAGACAUGCCCAAACAGAAACUUUCAAAGAAGCAGAGGAAGAAACAGAAAACAAUGAUGACUUACGAGGACUCUCUUGAUAAAACUGCUGAUGAAGAAACAGUUGAACAAAAGGAGGUGCCCUGCAUGGACAAGGACAGUGGCUCAGCAGAGGAGCUGAUAAAUGAUGGCCAAGGAUGUGCUGUGCCAGAGGACGCAAGCGCUACAGAAGAAGUCAGCCAAGUGAAUGAAGCAAAAACUGAAGCAAAAAGCAGUACUAAGCCUAAAGGCAAAAAAGCAAAGGAUGCAAAAAAGUCUGCUAAGGCAUCUUCAGAGCACCCAACAACGAAUGAAGUUCCCAUCCACUGUGUAACCUGCAACUGUGCAUUUCCAUCCCGAAAUAAACUGUUUGAACACCUAAAAGCCACAGGACAUGCAAAAGCAACACAAGCACCAGCUGUAAAUGGAGCUGUAAACAGCAGAAACAAAAAAGAGAAACGUAAAAACAGAUAGAACUUUGUUACAGUGACAGUCUUCAGAAUCGUACAUGAAAACUCUCCCAAAACUGAAAGGUGCACGUUGCCUGUGUUCGGAGUUAAACAGAGGAGGCAAGUCCUAAUUUGGGGAGAAAAGGAAGAUGCAACAAAAGGAAUAUUAUCUUGUGAAGGAACCUGUGCUUUCUUUUGGUUUCAUCAGCCUUUCUUUCAUGACUGGAUUUGACCUACCGUCUCAGCAGCUUUCACACUGGGGGUGGGGAAAUAGUAAUUCAGAGUUACUCACCUUGCAUUCCUGUUGAAACUUGCACGGAUAAAGUACCCACACAGAGGAAAUAAUAAAUUAUUUUAACACUUCUG